GGCGCUUUCAGUUGGCGAUGCGAGCGCGACUCGGCCGCAGUAGUCUUCGGUCUCCAGCUUCCAGUUCCAGCCUGCGGCAUCCGAUCUGCAGCUCGGCAUUCUCGGCUUGGGUUACGUCCAGUGCGGCUCGGCAAACUGCGUUUCGCGAAAAAUUGCGUUUAAUUAAAGUAUAAAGGCCAGCGAGCUCCUCAAUUACGGCUGCUCGUGGGAUGAGUCGCCACAGCCAACUGAAGCUAGCGAUGCCCUCGGUUCAUGGAUCUCCAGCCGCCGCUCCUGGCUCGCCGAUGAACGCGAAAGCCCGGAGCGUGAAGCUCGGACUGGGUGUUAAUCAGCAGACAGGUCGGGUGCAGUGGUGUCCCGGUCUGACCUGCUGCAAAUUGCUUCUACUUCUUCCAGUGGUAAUGCUGCCACUGACCCUGGUGCUCAUCCUGAUCAUGCGGCUGGACGGGAUGCUGGCGGCGCUGCAGUUAAACGAGCAGAGGAUGAGGGAUUUGCGGAACUCUCACACCGAGGUGCCUGUCUAUAUGGAGGAUUACGAAGCCCUUUUACCGGAGGGCAGUACCUACAACGACCUGAUCAACGAGGAGUUCAUACUGCCGGCGAGCAAGCGGACCCAACUGCAGAUUUUAGCCGCGGAGAGGGCGCGUCGCUGCCAACCAUAUCGCUACGGGAACGGGGAGUCCAUGGAGUUGGAGGAGCGCAACACGCUGAUGAAGGACUCCCGAACCUCCUUCCUGCCACUGGGCAUUCCGCGAGAGUGCCUCGGCAGCGGCGUUGAACUGGACAUAAAGCCCAUAGAUGAGGAGGUCUACCAGCGGCAGAAGAAGCGCUACCAGGACAUAGCUCCUUAUUGGCUGGAGAAGAUCAGAACACGGGAGCGCCGCGAGGCCGAACGUCAGGCAGAGGAGGCCAGUGCCGAGAUCAGCGAGGAAACCGCCGCUCUGCAGAGUUUCUGGAACGAGGAAGGCACCCGGGAGGGCAUUCGCAUGACCCAGGCCAAAACUAUGAAGCGAUACAUGGACAACAAAGUGGAUCCCUGCGUGGAUUUCUACAAGUAUGCCUGCGGCAACUGGGAGCGCCUGCAUCCAAUACCCAAGGAUAAGGCCGGCUUCGAUACCUUCGAAAUGCUGCGCGAGAGCCUGGACCUGGUGCUACGAAAUCUCCUCGAGAAAAAUACCCCUGUGCACCCCGCAGCGGAGCCACGAAAAAGUCCAGUGCGGAAUACUCUAUUUAAGCUCAAUGAGCAGGGCGAGGGUGAGGGCGAAGCUGACCAGGCGGCGGAAAUUACGGCGGAACGCCUGCGUCGGCACAUAGUCAGCAAGAGGCAGUUGCUCAACCGCGUUCUGGUUCGCUACAAGCGGUAUACCAACGGAACGAAAAGGAAACGCCUCAUCGAAACCCCACGGGAGAGAACCAAAGAGGAGGAAGCUGCUCCACCAGUUGUCCUGCCAAAGGACAAGUCCAAGGACAAGUCGGAUACCGAAGAGCAACUACAUGUGCCCACCGAUUUUCUAAAGCCCCAUCAUGAUGCCCAGCUAAAAGCAAAGAAUCUGUACCGAUCCUGCGUGAACAGCGCGGUGCUGGCCAAGCGGGGAUUGGAACCGCUACACACUCUCAUUCGGGAUCUGGGUGGCUGGCCAGUCCUGGAGCCCAAAUGGAGCGACUCCAACUUUAACUGGCAGGUGCUAGCCGCCACCCUUAGACGUUACAACAACGACAUCCUCAUCGUCCAGUGGGUGGGGGCGGACAUCAAGAACUCCGAGGAGAACAUCGUUCAGUUUGACCAGACGGGUCUGGGCCUGCCCACCAGGGAGUACUUCCUCCAGCCGAGCAACGCCAAGUACCUACAGGCCUACCAGCGCUACAUGGCCGAGGUGAUGCACAAAAUGGGCGCCAACAAGGCAGACGCCCAGCGGGUGGCCAGCGAGCUGGUGGCGUUCGAGACGCAGCUGGCGGGGAUCACGGCUCCAGCGGAGCAACGACUUAACGUCACGAAGCUCUACAAACGCAUGACGCUGGACCAGCUGCAGGAUGUGGUUCCGGAAAUCAAGUGGCGAGCUUACCUGCAGAGUCUGCAAGAUCGCGAAGUUCUGGGCUCCGAGGAAGUGGUCAUCUAUGCGGUGGAGUACAUGAGCAAGCUGGUGACUCUUCUGGAUGAAACGGACCCCCGAACGGUGUCCAAUUACAUGAUGUGGCGCUUUGUGCGGCACAGGAUCAACAACGUGGACGAUCGAUUCGAUGACAUCAAACAGAAUUUCUACCACGCACUCUUUGGCCGCGAGGAGAGUCCGCAGCGGUGGAAGGUGUGCAUCGCCCAGGUAAACACCAACAUGGGCAUGGCAGUGGGUUCCAUGUUCGUGAGUCGCUACUUCGACAACAAUAGCAAGCGGGACACCUUGCGGAUGACGCACGAUCUACAGCAGGCCUUUCGGGAUAUCCUGAAAACCACCGAUUGGUUGGACGACACCACAAAGCAGUUGGCCGAGGAAAAGGUCAACGCCAUGUCCCUGAAGAUCGGCUAUCCGGAUUUUAUCCUCAAUCCCAGUGAGCUGAAUAGCAAGUACGCGGGCAUAGAAAUCUAUCCGGAAAAGUAUUUUGAAAAUACGCUAAAUGUUCUGCUUCACACGGCCAAAACGGAGCAGGCCAAGCUCCACGAGAGGGUCAACAAGACCAACUGGCAGACAGCUCCUGCCAUUGUCAAUGCCUAUUAUAGCCGCAACAAGAACCAGAUCAUGUUCCCCGCCGGCAUCCUGCAGCCGCCCUUCUACCACCGCCACUUCCCCAAGUCGCUAAACUUCGGCGGCAUCGGUGUGGUCAUUGGACACGAACUGACCCACGGUUUCGAUGACAAGGGUAGACUCUUCGACCGCAACGGCAAUAUCCACAAGUGGUGGACGGACUCCUCGAUUCGCGGGUUCGACGAGCGAGCCCGCUGCAUUAUCGCCCAAUAUAGCAACUAUACCGUCGAGGAGGUUGGAAUCGUCCUGAAUGGAGAGAGUACGCAGGGUGAGAAUAUCGCGGACAAUGGAGGCCUGCGGCAGGCCUUCCACGCGUACCAACGCUGGCUAAAGGAGCAUCCCAGCGAGGUGCCGGACGAGAUCCUGCCAGGACUUAACAUGACCGGCCCGCAGCUGUUCUUCCUGAACUUCGGUCAGGUUUGGUGCGGAGCAAUGCGGCCGGAGGCCAUCCGGAACAAGUUGAACACGGCCAUCCACAGUCCAGGUCGCUUCCGGGUGAUUGGGACGCUCUCGAACUCCAUUGACUUUGCGCGGGAGUUCAAUUGUCCCCUGGGCUCACCGAUGAAUCCUCAGAAGAAGUGCAGCGUUUGGUAGUCGGAGGAAACCAAAGCAAUAGCCUAAGAGUAUUAAGCAUGACAUAUGCCACGCAUUCCUAGACCAAAGACCGAAGGCAUGCCAUUUGGGAUCAAGGGACGGAACACCCAUCUGGUCAUUGCCGAAGAUUCACCUUGGGUUUAUGGCUCCCCCAUCACAACAAAGAUAAUGUGCCAAAAAUUAACUUGCAAUCUAUAUAUUUUUCUUAGCCCUUAACUAUUUAUACUUGUAACUUGCAAUAGUUUAGUUUAUGAUGCAAUUUAUGUUUGUGAUAAUUCUAAUUAAAUGUAUUUAUAUUAUCAACAAA